GAAUCCCCUUGCAGUAACGUGAACCAGAAAGUAAAAAGAGCUUAAAACUCCCCUCUCUCCCUCUUCCUUGCAGGAGCAAGAUUGGGAAAAUCUCCAAUCAUGGUUUGAUGUAUUUGUUUUUUCAUCUCCCAACUUUAAGAAGCAGCAAAGACCUGUACUGUGAGGGUUAAUGCUCUUCUGUUUUGCUUAUCGCCUGCGGGAAGAAAUCCACUUUACGGUCAUGCUCCCUCUUCCUUCCGCCAAGUACAAAAGUCGCAAAGAGUGAAUCAUCCGAUCCGAAAGCAACUCUGAAAUGAAAAGCGAAAGCUGAGAGGGACCGAGGGCUUCAGAGGAGGAAGGAGAAUUGAGGAAGGGCUCAAAAUGAGCAAGGCAGAUCCAAGCGGGCAGGAGAGAAUCCUGCAGCAGUUCCAUGCAGACAGAGUUUUCCUUUCGGGGAACAAGGAAUGGCUCGUGCAGAAGAACUUCUUUGUCGUGAAAAGCAUGGUGGAGAAAAUGGUGAAAUGGGCCUAUGAAUCCAGCAGUGGGUUAUACCCCUUGGACCCCAUCCCCGUGGGCAGCUACAAGGAAGGGUUGCACCUUCAAGUGGAGGGCACGUCCAACGAUUUUGACUUCCUCAUCCCGGUACGGUAUAACUCCAAGUUGGUGCUCAGGAGCAGAUGCGUCCCCAAGGAGUCCCCCAGCAGUCCCACCCACAAGCUGCCCACCUACAUCUUUCGCCACAAAGGAUUCCGUGAUGAUCCUGACAAAGGGCUGCCGGUCUUUCGCCAGGGCACCAAAGUGUUGGUAGACGUUGAGGAUGUGGCCGAGACAGAUGUGGACAUCUAUUGUGAUAAGCCCAAAUCGCAAUUGGAGGAAGAGGAGGAGGAUGACAUUGAGUAUGGUAAAUUGGAAAUGUGCCAGGAGAGUCUCGGCUGGCAUAAUCUGGAUCCAGAACAGAUCCUGAAGGACUUUCAUCAAUAUGUAGGGAUUGCCUUGAAUCCAGAGUACACCCAUCCUCGACAAAAUGAUCCUGUUUUCCAACGUCGGCUUUUCCCCUCCCGAGUACCCAGCAUACAUAACAGGAUGAGAGAGAACAUCAAAUUGGAGAUGUUGGAUUUGAGUGGUCCAGCCAUCCAGUUGGCUUUCGACGAAGGGAACGAAAUUGUCCCAGUGAAGCUGGUGCCCGCCAUUCGGGGGGUAAUGAAGUUCUCCAAUGAAUGGAUAAGGGAAGAUCUCAACCACCUUUCUGACUGGUGGGACGGUGACCUGAGCAACGAAAAGAAAAGCUUCUUCCGGAAGGUAGAAGCUGUUAUGGAAGUGGGGCCAGAGCUCAUCCCUAAGGAAGGAUUCUGGAGGCUGUCUUUCAGCUGUGCCGAGGCUAUGAUCCUUGAGGAAGUUGAUGCCGAUGGAGGACAGAGGCGGGCAGCUUUACGACUGCUUAAAUUUGUUAACAAGACUAGAUGGACCCCAGAGUAUGGCAAAAUCUUGACUUCCUAUCAUCUUAAGACCAUUUUGCUGUGGUGCUGUGAGAUCUAUUACCACAAAGAACACUGGGAGACUCUGCUGUCCUCUCUAGAGACUCUCGUGGGGCUGCUAAAGCACACCCUGGCCAAGAAAAACCUUCCUCAUUAUUUCCUCCAGUCUCUCAAUCUCUUCAACAAACACUACAAAAUCAGCAACAGCACCUACUGGCCCUUAGCCUUGGAGGUCCUCUGCUACGAGGUGUCAGCCAUGUUGGCAGAUGCCACGGCCUACCUUGUGCCGGGCCAUGAAUCGCCAGACUGCUUGGUCAACAAAGACCGUGAAGAGAAAGCCGCAGCUCUCCAGGAGUUCAAAGAAAGGCAUCAGGAAGAACUGAAAGAGCUCAAGAGAAUGGAAGAUGAAUGUAUGUAUGAGGAAGUGGAAAUUACUGAAGAAUAAACCCUGCUGAGCUUUCUUAGGGAACAAGCUGGCUUCUGCUGCUAUAAAACUUGGCUUUGGUCCCAGGCCUGGGGUUAAUUAUGGUUAGGGGUUGUGGGGGUGUUCAGCCUGGUUUGAUUUGUGUCAUUUUUAGAUUGUCUUAGCCUGGGCUGUCAGUAUGGUUUUAGGUUUUAUCUGUUUUUAUGGAUUUUUUUUUUUUUUGGUUUUGUAUGCCACCCAGAGUCCGUUGGAGUUGGACAGCUGUAAUAAAUUUAAAUAAUAAAAAAUAAACUUUUCCUCCAUUUCAAGGAAUUCUGUUUCCAUUGCAAAGUAAGUUCCAGUCUUCAUGAUCGCAGAGGAAAGAGGCUGAAACUGUAUAUGUAAAUUCUGGCAGAAGAUCCAAGAAGGGCUUCAAACCCAAGAGUUUUAUAUCCUGAACAUCUUCCUCUCUUGGCUGUUCUCUCCCCACCUUCCACUGCUGGUCCCAGAUGAGAGCCAGUAUGGUAAGGUAGCAAGAGCAGAGGAAGGCUACAUAUGACCCCCCCAGCAUCCAGCUGGUAGCCCCAAGGCAGCCCAAGGCCAGACUGCCAAACUCGUAGUGGCAAAACGGCCAAUUUUCAAGAGUAAGAUUUGUGGAAUUUCCAAACACACCUCUCUAGUAAGGGUGGAAGUGGGAGCGGGAAGCUGUCUGGAGGCCUCUUAACUUCUACAUUUUGCUGCCAAAUUCCGGCAGUGUGAUUUCAGCUGUUUGGGGGGGGGGGGAAUCUGUGCAGUUUUUUAAAGGUAUGAACUGAAGUAAUUAAGAAGAAAU